AUGGUACACAGAUAUGUGCAUCUGAGACGGCAAGGGACCAAGACAGGCGCGUUUUCUGCUUCAGCCGCUAUAACUGACAAUGGGAGUGGAAAGCAAUGGAGAGUGGCAUUGCAGUCGCUACAAGACGCAUUGCGAUCGCGUGAGCCGGCAUCUACUUCCCAGCUCGCAUCCACAAUCAAAGUGUGCGCAAAAAGAAAGCAGUGGCAGCGAGCGCUGUCGCUUCUAAGUGAGUUCGUGGAAUCGAGGGCGGAGCCAAACGUAUUCAUCUUUACACUUGGCAUGAGUGCGUGCGAGAAAGUCGGCCGCUGGCAGCAUGCGUUAAUUUUACUUAAAGACUUGUCAGAUGCGAUGUUAGAUCUGGACUCCGUUGCUUGUAGCACUGGAAUCCGCGCGUGCGGCAAAGGAGGGCAGUGGCAGCGGGCCUUGGCACUGUUGAGAGAGAUGUUGGAGGAAGCGUUAAAACCAGACGUAGUCAGCUACUGUUCUGGAGUCGCCGCUUGCGAGAAAGCGGGGCAGUGGCAACGAGCUCUGGCGUUGUUGUGGGAGUUGUGCGACAUCCGAUUGGAGCCCGACGUUUUCACCUACAACGCUGGUGUCAAUGCGUGCGCGACAGGUGGCCAGUGGCAGCAAGCGUCGCUGCUGCUGUAUCAGCUGGGCCACGCCAUGCUAGAGCAAAAUGUUGUCAGCUACAAUGCGGCCAUCCGUGCGUGUGAGAACGCUGGGCAGUGGCAGCAUGCGCUGUCAUUCCUGGAUCAGAUGACUCAGGUGAAACUGGAUGCGAAUCUAGUCAGCUACAUCUUUGGGAUCGGCACGUGCGGAAAAAGCGCCCAGUGGCAGCAGGCACUGUCGCUACUGAGGUGCAUGUGCGAAACGACGCUGCAGCUGGACGUUAUCAUUUACACCGCUGCGAUAAACGCGUGCGGGAAAGGUGGCAAGUGGUGGCAGUCGUUGCUGUUGUUGAGGGAGUUGCACGCAGUGAAUCUGGAGCCAGACACCUUGAGCUACACAGCGGGGAUCCGCGCGUGCGAGAAAGAAUCGCGGUGGCAGCACGCGUUGUCUCUAUUGAGGGACAUGUUCGAGGCGAACAUUGAGACGAGCACGGGCAGCUACAAUGCUGCGCUCGUCGCGUGCGAAAGUGCUGGGAUGUGGAAGCAGGCGUUGUCUUUGAUAACGGAGCUUAUGGAAAUGCAGGUCGAGCCCAGUUCCCUCAGCUACAUCAGUGGAAUCCGCGUGUGCGACACAGCUGGGCAGUGGCAGCACGCACUGCUUCUUUUACGGGAGAUGUCUGAAGUACGGCUGGAGUAUGAUUGCAUCAGCUACACCCUGGGGGCCAGCGCGUGCGGAAACAGUGGGGAGUGGCAGCAGGCUCUGCUGUUGCUGCGCGAACUGCGGGAAGUGAGGCUGAGGCCGGAUGCCGUGAGCUACACGGUUGCCAGCAGCGCGUGUGCGCGGCACGGACUCUGGCAGCAGGUGUUUUCUUUAAUGCGGGACUCGCGGGGUGCCAGUCUGGAGGCCUGUGUUGUCGACUACAACAUCGGGAUCAGCGCGUGCGAGAAGGGAGAGGACUGGCAGCGGGCACUGCAGCUGCUCGGCGAAAUGUUUGAGAUCAAGUUGGAGCCAGAUGUUUUCAGCUGCAGCGCUGGAAUCAGCGCGUGUGAAAAAGGCGGGCAGUGGCGGCGCGCAUUACUGCUGCUGGGUCAGUUGUGCGAGGUGGCGAUUGAACCCAACGUAGUAUGCUACAGUGCCAGUAUCAGCGCGUGCGGGAAAGGCGAGCAGUGGCAGAAGGCGUUGUCUAUUUUUAGAGCGAUCUGUGCAGCAAGGGUUGAGCCAGACAUCUUCAGCUACAACUCCUGCAUCAGCGCCUCCGAGAGGGGCGCGCAGUGGCAGCAGGCUCUGCAGCUGCUGAGCGAACUGCGGGAGGCGAAGCUCGAGCCAGACAGCGCGAGCUACAGCGCAGCCAUCGGCGCGUGCGACAGCUGCGGCUAG